AUGGACGGUACAGAACCCUUUGAAGAAGAUAGAGGUGAUCAUCCCACUAGCGUAGCGAGAACACUUCCCAACGCUGAAGAUAUCCUUGGAAAGACAGGCACCGGUCCCAGAUUAGUAGCUGAGCCCCCAGUGGACAAACAAGACAAACUUUGGAGUGAAAUCGAUGCCUUGGACGACGUCAAGAAAUUAGCCAAUGAAGAUGGUCAGUUCAACGGGUUCUCGUCGGGCGCUAAUAUCCAAUUGGAGAAGAUCAAAGACACUCAUAUGAAGCUAUUGCAACUGAUGAAGGAACGUAACGCCAGAAUCGAGGAAAAAGAACGAUUGAAAGUGACCACUAGUAAGUCCAACGACGAGGUGAGUGUCAAUGUCAGCAAUACGAAGAAGGAACACCGUUUCAGUCCUAAGAAGCACCUAAAAGAUGCACUGUAUAAUGCCAGGAACAAGAAUAAAGAAGUGAACAAAACCGAUGGCGAAGGAGAUGAAAGUGAGAAGGCUGAUAGGCUGCAAUCGGACGUGGCAUACGUACAGAUCGAUAACUCGAACUCGAUGAUGCUAUCAGAAGAAAAUACAUACAUCGACGACAUGAUCGACAUAAUGAGAGACCUAAGAACCUAG